AUGUCUAACACAGUCACUGAAACACCGUCAGUCAACUUGCGUGCGUACGGCGGGCAGUUGGAAAAUGUGAAGCCACUCCCGGCGUUCGCUCCGGAUACUCCAAUCGAAGAGUUAAGGAAGAGAUACGAGGAAGAUGGUGUAUUAUGGAUCAAAGGCCUUAUUAGCCGCAAAGUUGUCAACCAAUUCCGAAAAGACUACUUCAGCUUCAUGAACCGAGGCUGCGAGAUGCUGAAGCCAAAUACAGAUCCGGAGGAGGGUAUAUUUUCAGGGAACGACUGGAGGAACUAUGUUCUGCCUGGGGGAACUCGGCUGGCGAUAGGGUUGAAGGACGAGGGCCCGUUCGUGGACAACGCUAUCGCAAGCCACGUCGCGCCAUUUUACAUGCAAUUUAAGGAUGUGAUCGCAAAAGACAUCGAGGCAUUCGCAUCUAAGCUCUGCGGGUUCCAAGACUCGUGGUGUUUGCCUCGCUCGCUGCUGCGGUGUGCUGUUCCUGGCGCUGAAUCGACGCCUGUUCACUACGAUCAGAUCUUUCUGAGGGCUGCGCCGCCUACCAGUAUCACGGUGUGGGUGCCCAUAGGAAAUAUUGAGGUCGAAGGAGGGGGUUUGAUCUAUCUCAACGGCUCGCAGGAUAUCGGCCGUAAAUAUGAAGAGGACUUUUCGCGACAGAACGAGACUCUAAGUGACGCGGACAAGAUAUCGGCUGUUAACAAGAAUAUGAACGCAGGCGGAUGGUUAGACAGGAAUUUGUCUAAAUUUGGCAAAUACUGGGGACGCGACUGGCUAGUGGGUGCAUACGAAGCAGGAGAUGUUGUCCUUCACAACCCCUUUAUGGUCCAUGCUGGCGCCAUUAAUGAAUCCAAGACAGGACGCAUCAGGGUAUCGACAGACCUCCGGUUUGUGGAUAAGUCCAAACCUUACGAUGGAAGAUGGACUGUCACGGCGUUCAGUGACGACGACUCUAACCUGGCACGCAAGAUCAAUAGGAAGCCAGCUGCAUGA